AUGACUGGCACAACAAAUUCAAAGUUUCGAGUUGUAAUUUGUGUUGACGACAGCGAACACUCGGAACGAGCUUUUGAAUUUUACGUGAAACAUAUUAAUAAGCCCGAAAAUCAUAUAAUACUGAUGCAUGUUGCUGAAAUAGGAAGUCCUGAUAUGCCGUUUAUUGGUCCGGGAGCAGCGUUUGCCAUUGCAACCCUCAUGGAGCAGCAGUUUGCCGAAUCAAAAAUUAGAGUCAAUGAAAUUAAGAGGCAUUUUGAAGUGAAAUGUGAUCAACUCAAACUGAAACACGUAUUUGUUGCACUGGCACAGUCGAGCUGCGCGGUUGGUGAAUCUAUUGUGGGGUGUGCAAGGAAAAAAGAGGCGAAUUUUUUUGUCAUGGGUUCCAGGGGACGAGGAACACUUAGAAGAACAUUCCUUGGGUCCGUUAGUGAUUAUGUUUUGCAUCACAGUCACCUUCCAACUCUGAUAUGUCCUCCAGUUGAUGACUGA